UAAUGUGUACAUGGAAGCUAGACCAGCGAGGAUUCAGGAGAACAAAAAAAGACUACGAGAAUUAGGAGUUAAAAACGUUGUGGACUCUAUGACAAGUUUGGUAGACAGUAACAAAAUGAAGAAAAAAACAGUGAAAAGGAACACUCGUGCGGGGGAUGUAGAUUAUAUUCCAAAUCCAGAUCCAGGUGAUGAUUCUGAGGAAGAUAACCAACAAGUUGGUAGAAGUAUUGUAGAAUCCAAAAAGCGACACCAUUCACAAUAUAUUCCACCAAUGUCCAUGAGUAGAGCUGCUAAUCUAACGAAACUAGGUCGGGUGCUUGCUCCAAAUGUCUCCCAAAAGGUUCCGUCUACUUCAAAUGCAACAAAACCGAAUAAAGAAGGAGCAAAGAGAAGGAUGAUUCUUGUUGAUGAGGAUGAUGAUGAGGACGUGGAAAUAUUCCAAGAAGGUAAUAAAGUGGAUAAGGAAGUAGAUGGUGUUGAUGAAGAUGAUGAGCAUGGAGACAUGGCAGAUCAUAACUUUUCUGAAGAUGAAAACAAUGAUCAAGAACAAUUGCAUGGCCCUGAAAAAGAUAAAGCAACAGGUAAUGUGUACAUGGAAGCUAGACUAGCGAGGAUUCAGGAGAACCAAAAAAGACUACGAGAAUUAGGAGUUAAAAACGUUGUGGACUCUAUGAAAAGUUUGGUAGACAGUAACAAAAUGAAGAAAAAACCAGUGAAACGGAACACUCGUGCGGGGGAUGUAGAUUAUAUUCCAGAUCCAGGUGAAGAUUCAGGUGAUGAUUGUGAGGAAGAUAACCAACAAGUUGGUAGAAGUAUUGUAGUACCCAAAAAGGUUCUGUCUACUUCAAAUGCAACAAAACCGAAUAAAGAAGUAGCAAAGAGAAGGAUGAUUGAUGACGAGGACGGGGAAAUAUUUCAAGGUAAUAAAGUGGAUAUGGAAGUAGAUGGUGCUGAUGAAGAUGAUGAGCAUGGAAUCAUGGCAGAUCCCAACUAUUCUGAAGAUGAAAACAAUAAUCAAGAACAAUUGCAUGGCCCUGGAAAAGAUAAAGCAACAGGUGCUCCCAAAAAGGUUAGAGGUCAUACCCAAAAGGCCGAAAUAUGGAAAAUGAAUACUACUGAAAGAAUAGAUGUCACAUUUAACGACCAUGGACAACCAGUGGGGGAAGAAGGCAAAGAACUUGUUCAGUAUCUUGGGACACUUGUGAGGAUGGCUGAUCAUGUAUCAAUUGAGUAUUCUGACUGGAGAAAAGUUCCUAUGAAAAAUAAAGAGGAUAUGUAUUCGCUUGUUAAGUCCAAAUUUGCUAUUCAUCCCGUUGAAACAAGUGAGAUUAAAGAAUGGAUAUUCCAAAACAUGGGGAAAAAAUGGAGAACGUGGAAAGGUGUAUUAAAGUCACGUGGAUAUGAUCCAAGCCUUACUAUUGACGAAAUUGUGACGCAACAAACUAAUAAUGACAAUAGAGUGAAUCCAACUCAAUUUAAAGAACUUGUUACUCGUUGGUUCACUCCGAAAUUUCAGACUACAUGCGCUGCAAAAAGAUUGAGUCGCUCAAAGAUGAAGGAGCCUCAUGUAACCGGGACAAAGUCGUUUGCUAGACUUGCUCAUGAAGUGGCAACGAAGAAUGAUGGUGUAUACCCGACCCGAGGAGAAAUGUAUAUAACAACUCGCACUCGUAAAGAUGGAAGUUUUGUUGAUGAUAAAGCAGCUAAUGUUGUGGCUUCACUAAAAGCUAUUGCAAGUGACUCUGCAAGCAAACAUAUAGAUCCGCAUGAUUUUACAAAUGAUGAAUACUCAAAAGUUAAAGGCCCGGAGAAAAGAGGGUAUGUUCGAUUAGUUGGAAGAAUGCCAGCCACAAAAAGUAAAGGUGAUUCUUCGACUAAUUCACAUACUAUUCAUCAGCUUCAGAGUGUUGUGAACGUUAUGAUGAACAUUAUCCAAGAACGUAUCCCCGAUGCAAACUUGCCUACAGUUCUUAGCAAUAUGAACAUACAGGUCCCCCGCGUCGGUUCUUCGGCUCCUAGCAACUCUUUACCUAGUAACGAAUUAUCAUCUUCAAGAAGUGACGAUAUUGAUGACAGAGCUGAAAACAUGUGAAGCCUUGGAGGAAUAGAGAUAACAAGAUUAAUGGAUUGCUUGGCACUAAGUUUUUUUAGAGUAUGAUUCGUAUCGAAAGAACGUUUUGACCUCUUUUGUAGACAUUAAUUUGUUUUCUAACACUUAUAGUAUGUUUUGGAUCGAACUUUUAGUUGAAGUUAUGACAUUAUUAUUUUGCUA